GUGAGUCUGUAGGUUAAUGAAGAGCAUCAUGUGUUCAGUGAGUGUGUACUGCUGCAUUGCUCUGCUGCUGCUGCUGCUGCUGCUGGCCAGAUGCAUGCUGGGACGGCACUCGGUGCCAUGUCUGCCGAGGGUGCCGGUGUUGGGCAGUCUACUGCACCUGCGCUCGUCUCUGCCUCCUCACCUGCUCCUCACACAGCUGUCACACAGGUACGGCCCUCUGUUUGGCCUGUACUCCGGACCACACUUCACACUGGUGGUCAGCGAGAUCAGUCUGGUCAGAGAAGUGCUGCUUCAGCGCGGCCGAGAGUUCGCCGGACGGCCCAAGAUGGUGACCACAGAUGUGUUGACUCAGGGUGGGAAGGAUAUUGCGUUUGCAGACUACAGUCCCUUGUGGAAGAACCAUCGGCGUCUGGUGCACAACUCCUUCACUUUGUUUGGCGAGGGAUCUAGCAAACUACAGACCAUCGUUCAGGAGGCUGCAGAAGAUCUGUGCGAGGAGCUCCAGUCCUGCAGAGGUCAGAGUUCAGAUCUCAACCCGGUUCUGAUGCGUGCCGUCACUAACGUCAUCUGCAGGCUGGUGUUCAACUCCUCGUACCAGCGCAACGACCCCGAGCUCCUGACCGUCAUGGACUACAACGACGGCAUCGUCCAGACCAUCGCCAGAGGAGGGCUCAUCGACAUUUUUCCCUGGCUGAGAAUUUUCCCCAACAAGGACCUAAAGAAGCUGAAGCAGUGUGUUUCAGUGAGAGACCAACUCCUGCACAGAAAACUGCUGGAGCACAAGAUGACCCUCACACCCGGAGAGCCUCGAGACCUGCUGGACGCUCUUCUGAUUGGUCAGAUGACGGGGUCAGGUGGGGAGGAUGACAUCACGGAGGAUCAUGUGCUGAUGACGGCGGCCGAGGCGUUUGGAGCCGGUGUGGAGACGACCUCCACCACACUGCUGUGGACCAUAGCCUCUCCUGCACCACCCACAGGUGCAGGAGCGUGUUCAUCUGAGCUGGAUGAGUGUGUGGGUCAGGCUCGUGCUCCGUCUCUGAGUGAUCGCUCUCGUCUGCCGCUCCUGGACGCUGUUCUCUGUGAGGUGAUGCGGAUUCGUCCCGUCAGCCCCAUCCUCAUCCCACACGUUGCUAUGCAGGACACCAGUUUGGGGGGUCACUCUGUUCCUAAAGGAACCCGUGUGCUGGUGAACAUGUGGGCGAUUCACCACGACCCCAAACACUGGGACGAGCCUGAGCAGUUCAGACCCGAGCGGUUCCUGGACUCGUCGGGGAGGAGAGCGACCCCCAGCAGCUUCCUGCCGUUCGGAGCCGGUCCCCGGGUCUGUGUGGGAGAAUCUCUGGCCAGAAUCGAGCUCUUUCUGUUCGCCAGCCGCCUCCUGCAGCGCUUCCACUUCAGCGUCCCACCAGGGGCUUCACUGCCCGUGCUGCAGGGACGACUGGGAGUAGUGCUCCAGCCCCAGAGCUACAGAGUCACAGUCAGCCCCCGACACUGACACACACACACACAGAGACACACACACACACACACAGAGACACACACACAGAGACACACACACACACACACACACACACACUGACACACACACACUGACACACACACACACAUACGUCUGGUCAGCUAUCCUUGUGGGGACUCUCCAUAGGUGUAAUGGUUUUUAUACUGUACAGACCGUAUUUUCUAUCGCCCUACACCAACCCUACCCCUAAACCUAACCCUCACAGGAAACUUUCUGCAUUUUUAGAUUUUCAAGAAACUUCAUUCUGUGUAAUUUAUUAGCUUGUUUACCCGUGGGGACCUCAAUUUAGGUCCCCACCGUGACACGAGUCCCCAUGAGUCUGUGUGUAUUCAGGUUUAAGUCCCCACCAGAAUAGAAAAACAAGUACACACACACACACACACACACACACACACACACACACACACACACCCACACACACAGACACACUGACACACACACUGACACACACACACACACAGACACACUGACACACACACACACACACUUUCCUCCCUGUUCAUGUAUGUUUUCUCAGACUUUACUUCAGCAGAUCAGCACCGGGCUCAUUCAACACAUUUCUGGCAGAAAAACUGCGCUAUAAUCUCUUCUGGACUGGAAUAAUAUCACAGAAGAGAAGACUCUUCACAUCCUGCAGACGGAAACACCGCUGUCUACUUCAGACCAGAGAGAAAACACCAUGUCUCAACUUUACAAUUUCUGUAUUGCAUUAAUUUUCAAUAUUUCUCAUGGGGAUUUAAUCAUUUUUGACUUUUCAGUCUGAGUUUAAACUAUUUUUUAUUUUUUUUUGGCUGAUUUCAUCAGUAAAUGAAAGCAUGUCUAAUAAUCCUGCACACCUGAGUUUUCUCUCCCAGCCUUCAUAAACAAAUAUAUAUAUCACUUAUAAACACUAAAUACUAAAUUAUUAACAGUUAUUAAGAUUGUUGUGGUUUGGAAUUGGUCAAAUGUGCCUGUAAAAAAAAAAAAUGUCUUAUAGUCAUGCAUGUGGUGUAUUUCUUAUUAUAUAUAUCCUUCUCUCUAUUUCUAUUUUUCUUUAUUUAUAUUAAAUAAGAAAGCUAAUAUUA